AUGCCCAUCUCGUCCCCUUAUCCGCCUCUACAGGUUGAGGUGACCAAUGUGUUGGACUACGCCUUCCCCACCAACUUGACGCCCUCUGACGAGCCGUUGUGGAUUGACAGCGAGGAUCCCUCCAAGGCAUUGUCAGCUAGACAGGCGUUGCAAUGGAUCAAGAGGACGUCAUUUGGGCUCACCAGGCUGGGUCUACAGAGGGGCGAUGUGGUGAUGUUGUAUACGACAAACCACAUCUUCAUACCGCCUGUGUAUUACGGUAUCGUCGGCGGUGGCUUCGUCUUCAGCGCUGCGAAUCCUACUUAUACGGUGCCUGAACUGGUCCACCAGAUGCAGAACCUGGGUGCAAAGGUGCUCCUCGUGCAGCCCGAGCUCCUGGGGCCCGCACUGGAGGCGGCGUCCCAAGCAGGCAUACCGCGGGGCCGCAUCUUCCAGUUCACAGACGACGAGGUACCGACCCGGCAGGGCAUCGCGGACUGGCGCAGCAGCAUGGUGGGAACCGCGGCACAGGGCAACGCCUACCAGUGGCCCAGGUUCUCCGUAGACGAGGCCAAGACGGCCGUGGCCACCAUCAACUUCAGUUCGGGGACCACGGGACUCCCCAAGGGGGUGUGCAUCUCCCACGCCAACCUCAUUGCCAACGCGGCACAGACCAUAUUCAUGCUCCACGCGGAGCAAAGACCCAGCCGUGACGUCAGCCGCACGCCGGACAGGUACGUGGGCAUGCUCCCGCUGUACCACGCCUUCGGGCAGAGCUGGGUCAUGUUUGUGGCGCUGCGGCUGCAGGUGCCGACGUACAUUAUGCGCACGUUCCGCUUCGAGGCCUUCCUGCAGGCGGUGCAGCGGUACGGGGUGACAAUGCUGCAGGUGCCGCCGCCGGUGCUGACGAUGCUGUGCAAGCGGCCCGAGACGGCGCAGUACAAGCUGACGACGCUGCGGGAGGUGGUGAGCGGGGCGGCGCCGCUGAGCCGUAGCUUGCAGAACGAGGUGCAGAGGCGGUUUGGCGUGCGGCUCUACCAGGGGUGGGGGAUGACGGAGGUUACGUGUGGCGGGAUGCUGGUGCCUGCUGGGGUCAGUGAGGAGAGCGGGAGCGUCGGGGUGUUGGUGCCUGAGACGGAGGCGAGGCUGGUGGAUGAGGCGGGCGGGGAGAUUGGGAGGCCUGUGCAGCCGGGCAGGAGCGAGAGGGGCGAGCUGUUUGUGCGGGGCCCGCAGGUGUGUCUCAGGUAUUGGCGCAACGAGGCUGCCACGAAGGAGACCCUGGUGGGUGAUGGGUGGUUGAGGACGGGCGAUGUCUGCGUGGUGGACGAGAGGGGCUGGUUUUGGAUUGUGGACCGUAAGAAGGAGCUCAUCAAGGUAAAUGGGCUCCAGGUUGCGCCGGCGGAGCUGGAGCAGGUCCUGUUGGAGAAUGAACAUGUUGCUGAUGCCGCUGUCGUCGGUAUCACGAUUGACGACCAUGAGUGGCCAAGGGCGUACGUUGAAUUGCAGGCUAGUUCACGAGGAAAAGUCGGGCCUGAGAAUAUUACAGAAUGGAUCAAGCCAAAGGUGGCUAAGCAUAAACAUCUCGCCGGAGGGGUUGUCUUCGUUGAUGAGGUGCCCAGGCUACAGAGCGGCAAGAUCCAGCGGAAAGUCAUGAAGGACUGGGCAAAGAGAGAUGCAGAGGAAUUGCAGAGGGCUGGCAAGACAGUCUUCAAAGCUCGGAUCUAG